GAGUGAAGCUGAAGUUCAUCUCAGAAUCAACAUUUACCAGCAGUUUCAGAUGGAUAUCAGACAAAGACUUCUACCUUCAUUUGUAUCAUUGUUAAAAAAACAUGGAUACACAGUGAAGAAAGAAUAUGAACCAGGUGUGUCAGGAAAAGUGUUUCUGGUGAAGGAUAGAGACGGAGAUCUCUGUAUACUGAAAGAGAUUAACUGUAGAGAUGCGAAGAUCCUUCAAGAAGUCCAAAAGGAAGUUGAGAUCUUGAAGACCCUAAAGCAUGGAUAUAUUGCUUCUUAUGUGGAGUCAUUUGAAGAUAAAGAAGCUGGAUUCUUUUAUAUUGUGGUGGAGUAUUGUGCAGGAGGAGAUCUUAGCCAGAGGAUGAAAACACAGAAAUGUUUUUUUGAAGAAGAACAGAUUCUUGACUGGCUGGUUCAGAUUUGUCUGGCCCUGCAGUACAUUCAUGAGAAGAAGGUUCUUCACAGAGAUAUAAAACCUCAGAAUCUGUUCUUGACUGAAGAAGGCUACAUCAACAUAGGGGAUUUUGGAUGCUCAAAAGUUUUGGAGAGAGCUGAGGCAUACGCACAAUCAGUUGUGGGAGCAGAUCUCUACGUCAGUCCAGAAGUUUAUGAGAAGAAAUAUAACUCCAAAAGUGACAUUUGGUCAUUUGGAUGGUUGCUCCAUGAUCUCUGCAUGCUGGACAUAUGGGAAGAUAUCAAGAAGCGUCGCUUAAACCAUGCCCUCAGUAUGACAGGAACUGUUCCCCACAUCUCAGAAAGUUACUCAAAGGAAUUACGGGAACUGAUCAGCCAAAUGCUCAGCUGUGACCCUAAAGAAAGACCUUCAGCUGAGGAGAUCCUCACAAGACCAUUCCUGAGAGAGGCAGUAAAGAGAUUUAAGAGAAUUCCAGAGCGGUUAGAACAAAGCUUAAAGAAGUCCAUUAAUACUUUUGUUGAGGCCUAUAAUGAUAACUAUAAAGAUUUUGAGGUUUUAGUUAAAGAGUGGGGGGAAACAACAGAUUCAUUAGAAGACAUGCAUUAUAAAGCCACAGCAGGCAGUCUGUCAGGAGCAGUGAUUGGGACAGCAGGGGGAGUCACUGCACUGGCUGGUGUAGCUUUGGCACCUGUCACAUUUGGAGCAUCUCUGUUGGUAUCAGCUGUGGGUGCUGGAAUUGGAGUUGCAGGCGGUAUAACAGGUGCUGCCUCCAACAUUACAGACUCAGUAAAGCAAAAAUCAUAUCGCGAGAAUCUUGAACAAAUUGAGAAGAAGUAUAAAAGUUCAAGUGAACCAAUCCUCAAUACUCUGAAUAAACUGAGAGAGGUGCUGGGGAAAGUAUAUAAAUUCUCUAUUUUUGAAAGGAACUCACAUUCUAACAAUACACAACCAGCAUGGGAGAUAGGUAAAGGUGCAGCAGAUUGUGCCACUGGAGCAGUGAGUCUGGCUAUGCUGGCAAAUGUGGGCAGGAUUGCUUGUCGGUCUGCCAAAAUAGGACGAAUAGUAGCAGCAGCUUCAGUUGUGUUGAGUGGAGUCUUAGUUGUUGUUGACGUCACCUUCAUAGUGAAAGAUUCCAAAGAGAUUUAUGAGAUGAGACAGAACUGGAGAACAGAUGAUCCAGAUAAGGUCUCAUCCGAUGUGCUCAAGUCAAUCGCACAGCUGAGGAAAACAUACAAAGAGCUCUGCAAAGUCUUGGAGGACAUCAAAGGAUUUAAAGCGGAACUAAAUGCCUACAGUGGUUAGUAGUGAUAGAGAUGUGGGCAGAGUUUACAGAAAUUAUAUAAAUAUAUCAUGUAAAAAAAGCAAAAAAACAGAAGUCAAGUAUGAUGCAUGAGGUUGGGCUUUAGGGAUUAUUUUAUUCCAAUAGGUUUGCUACUAUCUAUCUCCUGUACUUAAUGCAUUGGUUUUCUCAUGUACACUGUUUAUCUCAUAUACACUGAAGGAUAUCCAUCUUUGCUGUAAUGUAAAAUUAGGGUUACAAUUACUGUAUUAUUCCAAUGUAUUGCUCUUUGCCCAGUUUUAAUCAAGACACAUUAAUGCUUUAUGCAAGGCUUAGAUGCAGUCAAAGAUCUGAAUCUUGAUGAAAGCAGAAAGCGGAAAAAACUGUUGUAGUUUGUGAUGUGUGAAGAUACAAAUAAAGAAACCAAAUGAGAUAUAAAAA